AUGCCUUCUAGGGACCUAAGGCAGUUGAUUAAGCAGGAGAAGCAGUUGAGAUCGUCAUUAGAAAAUGUGGAAGAGUUCUUAAAUAACUACGACAAUGAUCGCGAUGAGGGUGUAUUGGAAUUGCGAUUAACGAAGCUGGAUGAAAUCUUUGAAAAGUUUUGUGCAGUUAGAGUCGAAAUAGAUGUGAUCUUAGACGAAGUUGAUGCUGGCGAUACAUAUGAAAGCGCUGCUGAUGAUGAUGUAGGUGCCGCAGGCAGUGAUGCCGGGAACGUUACUGCGUACAAAGAAUUUGAAAAUAUAUAUUUUCGUUUGAAAUCUGCGUUGCUUGCCAAGCUUGCUAGAGGCACAAGAAUUGUUGCUGAAUGCCAGCCGAAUGCUGCCAAUCCAGGACAAACCUCUCGCAUAAAAUACCCAGAGUUAAAGUUACCUACCUUUUCGGGCAAAUUACAGGAGUGGAUUAAUUUUCGGGACAACUUUAAAUCACUGAUUCACAAUAAUGAGGACCUGAGUCCAAUGGACAAGUUCAAUUAUUUGCGAGCUUCUUUGCGGGAUGAUGCGCUGCUUCAAAUUAAUCAGGUGCAGGUUAGUGCAGCAACAUAUAAUAUUGCUUGGGCCAUUUUGGAAACGAAAUAUGAAAAUCACAAACUGAUAGCUCAUGAGCACCUCAAGGCAUUGUUUGCUGUUCCUGUUAUGCGAUCGGAAUCUUUUGAUGAACUGAAUACCAUACUCAUGACGUUCAAGGUAAACCUACAACAAUUAGAGAAAUUAGGAGAAAACACAAGGAAUCGGAGUACACUCUUGGCCUUCAUGCUGUCGCAGAAACUGGACAACACAACGCUACGUCACUGGGAAACACAUCAUGCGUGCAAAGGUAUUCCACGAUAUGCAGACAUGGCUGACUUUUUAGAACAGCACUGUGGGAUUUUGCAUUCUACGUCGGGUCGAAGAGGAGUUGAGCAGCGGCGGUCCUUCAGGAGCCCUGCAAUCCACACUGUAACUCAGAGUACAAGUGUCUGCCCUAUCUGCAAUGGAGGUGCGCAUAGCAUUGAACAAUGUCGUCGGUUCAGCAAAAUGAGAGUGGUCGAUCGGAGAGUUGCUAUUCGGAGACUUGGUUGGUGCUUGAACUGUUUAUCUCAGGGACACUUCAUGGCUGAUUGCUCUAGGCGUACCUGUACAAAAUGUGGACAACGGCAUCAUUAUUUACUACAUCCGUUUAUGUCAGCCAAUUCGACGACACAAGGUCAAACCCAGAAAAUCCCGAACAGGCCUCAAGUCGGUAACGCGAACGUGCAAAUGCCGCAUCGUCAACAGUCCCAAACUCAGCAACAACCACAUUCACAGGGACAAUCCCGGAUGAAUAAUGCUCAGUUAAAUUCUGAACCCGCAACAAUACAAAACACUGCAUCGCAACCUACACGACAGCCACCUCCCACAAACACAACAGCUACUCUUCACCACACUGCUACUUUACACCACAUUCGCAGUCACCGGAACACAACACUUCUGUCAACUGCAAUCGUGAAUUUUGCUGAUCGCUUCGGCAAUACGACCCUCGCUCGUGUGUUAUUAGACAACGGGUCCCAAAUAUGCAUUAUCACGGAAAACCUUUCCCAGAAACUAAACUUUAAACGGUUCCAUGAAAAUCUUCCAGUAAAGGGUGUUGGUGAUGCUUUGACGGUGUCUAAACAAUCUGUGUUAGCAAGAAUCCUGUCACGAAAUUUUUUGUUCGAGACCAAAGAGUUGAAGUUUUAUGUACUACCUCGAAUCACGUUGAAUUUGCCGCAGCAUAGUAUCGAUAUCGGUACAUGGAAGCUGCCGACUGAUAUUUGCUUAGCUGAUCCAAGCUUCUAUGAGUCUGGUGGAGUUGAUGCAAUUUUGGGUGUUUCAGUCUUUUAUGAUCUGUUGCUGGGAGAGCAGAUGAAGCUGUUGGAAACAGGUGUGACUCUAUGUAACACCCAACUCGGUUGGAUAGUAGCGGGAGAAAUAUCGGACAACUCUGAAGCUAGCUAUAGCAUUGCCGUCGCAAAUGUAGUCACAACUGAAGAAAUCCAUGAACAACUAGCGCGUUUCUGGGAGUUAGAGACCUGUAAGACAAAGAGCUGUCUAUCCAUUGAGGAGACUACUUGCGAAACUAUCUUCGAACAGACAACAUCAAGAGAUGCAGAUGGAAAAUGCCGAGUAACACUUCCCAAAAGGGAUUACUUGAUGGAACGAUUGGGAGAGUCAAAGUCAAUUGCAACCAAACGAUUUAUGGCACUUGAAAGGCGAUUGAAUGCUAAUCUGGAAAUGAAGGCUCUUUACACGGCAUUUAUCCACGAAUAUUUUCUAAUGGGUCAUAUGAAGGAAAUAAGGGACGAGGAAAAUGAACCAAAGUGUAGCUACUACAUGCCCCACCAUGCUGUUAUGAAACCAGACAGUACCACGACGAAACUGAGAGUCGUUUUUGAUGCGUCGUGCGCCACAGACUCCGGAAUUUCGUUGAAUGACAUUCUGAUGGUGGGUCCAGUAGUUCAAAAUGAUCUGCUGUCUAUCUUGAUUCGGUUUCGACUCCAUAAAUAUGCAAUUGUCGGCGAUGUCGAGAAGAUGUACCGAAUGAUCAACGUCGUGGAACAAGAUCAGCCACUUCAGAGAAUACUUUGGAGAGAAUCAGUGGAUGAGAGGUUGCGAACAUACCAAUUGACCUACGUAACGUAUGGCACUUCAUCAGCUCCGUAUCUUGCCACAAGGAGUUUAAAAAGAUGUGCUGAAGAGGGAGAAAAGACACAUCCAGUUGCAGCCAAUGUGAUCAAGAACAACUUCUACGUUGAUGAUAUGCUUGCUGGGGUACAUACUGUAGAUGAAGGGAAGAAACUUUGCAGCGACGCUUCUCGGGUCCGCUGGGUUCAACCUGCGGAAAUGGCACUCUAA